AUGUUCGACAACACGCAGUACCCCUAUAACUGUUUCAAUUACGACGGGGAUGAUUAUCCAACCUGUAGUUCUGACGAAGAGAAAAAAUUCACCAGACCGGCGUACAGCUACAUUGCCUUAAUUGCAAUGGCCAUCCAGCAAAGUCCAUCAAAUAAAGUCACCCUCUCUGGCAUUUAUGACUUUAUAAUGAAGAAAUUUCCUUACUACAGAUCAAAUCAAAGAGCCUGGCAGAACUCCAUCCGACAUAACUUAUCACUUAACAGUUGUUUUGUAAAGGUUCCCAGAACAGAAGGGAAUGAGAAGGGGAAAGGAAACUAUUGGAGCUUUGCAACGGGAUGUGAGUCCAUGCUGGAUCUCUUUGAAAAUGGGAAUUACAGGCGAAGACGGAGGAGGAGGAACAUGAAAAGGGAACAUAAGGAGCAGAGACCAAGCAGAGGGAAAAGUCCUUCGUUGCCUGAUAUGUCUUCUACAGACUCUGGUUUAAACAACAUUUCCUCUUCUGAAAGUAAACAUGAAAGAGUUGAAUCAGGACCAAGACUACUGGAACCUCAUGGGUUUGCUCCAAACACUACAAUGACGAGGCAGAGCCUAAGCAAUUCCUCCUUAGCAAAAUCGGAUUCCGAAAUUAAAUUUAGCAUCGAUUACAUUCUUUCAGCCCCUGACCCUUUGCCUGUUCUGAGAUCUCAGUAUAACAUGCAGGAAAAUAAAUAUCGUUUACUGGAGGCCCAGCAAAUUAAUCUCCAGUUCUGGACAAUGUGAUGUUAUUUGUAUGCAGUAACAAAGUCUGAGUUGCAGUGUAUUCAGCAGCCUUGCAUCACUGAAAAUCAGCCAUCUGCCUCCUCUUUUUGUCCACAACUAGUAUUCAGAAAGGGUUACCAAUCCACCAGCUGAUACUCUGUCUAUACCAAAAGAACUUUGCUUAAAGUAUAAAUAACCGUUAUCAAUAUCAGUUUUCACUAUGCUGAAAUUCAGGAAAUUCUAGCUUUGUUUUCUAAACUAUCCUGGACUUCAUUUAACAUCAUACAGAUUUCCUUUCUCGAGUAGAAUCCAACAGAAAAGAGACUUGCUUAUCACCCAUUACUUUAUUAAAGACAAAGUGGAUUUGAGUCCACUGUCCCUGGUGGAAAUUAGGAUUAAUUCCACUGAGUAUAUCUGUCAGAUCUUAAGCUGAUCUAAAACAGUGUAAUUCUAUGGACUUACACUG